CAACGCAACGCUGCAGGGCGGGGACCUGGACCUGGGCAGGAGGAGACGUGGGCAACCAACGAGGGGAGGGCGUUGCAGAUAGAACGGAGCUGCAACGGGAGCCAAUGCAGCAGCCACCGUCUCAUCCACAAGCUUCGCAUUCUUCUUUUGUUGCUAAGCUGAACUGCAAUCUCUCACUCAAGAAACAAGAGUCGAUGCCCCCCAACCAGGUUUCUGUAGCUGCGGAGGAGACCUCGUUGCCGUUGCAUCAAUGGCGUCUGCUGUGUGUGCGAAGCCCUGUGUUGGGUCCAUCGCUGCCACUUCCUCCAGCAAGUUCGAAACCAAUGUCGCCUCUACCAAGGCCUCGUUCUUCUCAGGACGGGCAUUGCGCAUGACCAAGGUAGCUGCCUACACCAAUGGUGACAUGACAAUCUCCGCUGUUGCCGCUCCCCAGAACGAGAGGCCGUUGUGGUUUCCCGGCAGCCAAGCACCAGAGUGGCUUGAUGGAAGCCUUCCCGGAGACUUUGGUUUCGACCCCCUCGGUUUGGGAUCGGACCCGGAGACGCUGAAGUGGUUCGUGCAGGCAGAGCUUGUGCACUGCCGAUGGGCCAUGCUUGGAGCCGCCGGAAUCUUCAUCCCGGAAGCUCUGACGAAGAUGGGCAUCUUGAACACUCCGUCGUGGACCGUGGCGGGCGACGCCGACUACUUCACGGACAAGACCACGCUGUUCGUGAUUGAGCUGAUCCUGUUCGCGUGGGCCGAGGGCAGGAGAUGGGCGGACAUCGUGAACCCCGGGUGCGUGAACGUGGAUCCCGUAUUCCCCAACAACAAGCUGACGGGCACCGACGUGGGGUACCCCGGAGGAUUGUGGUUUGACCCGCUGGGCUGGGGCCAGACCAGCGACGCCGCGAAGCUGAAGGAUCUGAGGACGCGAGAGAUCAAGAACGGGAGACUGGCGAUGCUUGCGGUGUUGGGCGCCAUCGUGCAGGCGAACUACACGCACACAGGGCCCAUCGACAACCUGGUGGCCCACUUGGUCGAUCCCGGUCACAACACCAUCUUCGCGUUGAGCAACCUGGUAGGCAAGUAGAGCGGCGAUGGCGUGAAGGGAUGCGGGAGGGAAGCGAGCGCGAGCGAGCGUGGCUUAGAGAAUGUGGGAUGGAGUAGAAUGAGUAGGAGAUUGUGGAUGCGAUGUUCCUGAGAAUUUUAUUUAUUGAACGUGGGGGUGCGUGGGUGUUGCGGUGAAAACGUUGCACGAAUUUCUCGAUGGUUCCAGGACUACUGCUGAUGUGCAGAUGAAUCACGUUGCGCAUGUGCAUGUGUGUGUGGGUGUGGAAUGUGUCUCAUGGUUGCACUGAUUGACGUGUGUGAAGGGGCAUGGGUUCGUUGGAGGGUUAGAUUUGGAGUGUCACAGUUGUGGUAUCUGAAAAUUGGCACAUUGGUUUCGUUGGCCAGUGUGGUUGGUGAUGAAUGAGUGAAGGAGAGGGUGCAGUUGGUUCAGAUGGUGUGCGCAUGGACACUUUGCGGCGGCGGAUGGUGGCAUGUGAAGCAGUGCGCAACGAACGGGGAGGUGGUGGAUGACCCAUAUCGAUGGGAGGUGGGUGCGAGGGGCGGUACAUGUGGUCGCGUAGGUAGUUGAACUUGUGUCUCUUCGGAGACAUCUGAUAAAAUUGGAACGAUACAGAGAAGAUUAGCAUGGCCCCUGCGCAAGGAUGACACGCACAAAUCGAGAAAUGGUCCAAAUUUUUUCUCUCCUCUCUUCCC